CAGCCGAAGCUAUAGAACCAUUCGAUUGUGUCUUAUUGUGAUUUCCUUACCAGCCAGUGAAUAAACAUUUAUACUUAGAAAUAUAUAUUUUUCGAUAUGAGAUAUAUAUUAGGGUUAAUCAUUUUAUGCCUAACCUGGCAAGUUUGCUUAACUGAUACAAAAUCUUUUUCGCAUUUCGAAUUUAUUCCUGCCGAGGAGCAGCCGCAAUCGGUUGAAAUGAUUGUGGUUGAUGGACAAGGAAUUACCGAAACUUACGAUCAGACAAGCCAAGAAGAAACACUUCUUAAACUCAACGUGAGCAGCAGUGAAAAAGAUGAUAUCGUUGCUGUCAACUGCGAGGUGAACGCCGAGGAAGUGUCGAAAAUGAAGCGACAGGUGGCUGCGUUUCGGUCCAAGAUUACGGCCGAUUCUGGGAAAGUGAAGGAACUGAAAGAUCUUAUCGCUGCCUACGAGGCGCAGAUCGAUAGCAAUGUCGCCGCAUUGAACGAGCAGCAAGAACAGAUAGGGUAUUUAAAUAAUAGCAUCGCGUUCUAUAGGACCACCUGCAACAAUAAGGAUGUUGAGCUAACUGAUCUGCAGGUCAGAGCUAAAGCAGACGCGGCUAAGCUUAGGCAAAAGAAUGAUCAACUUUCCGAGUGCAGGGAUCGCAUCAACACACUCGCGGCAUCUAGCUGCCUUACCUUUGGCAAUUCCUCAGAUAUUCAGGUAUUAAAUGUGCCUGGCGUUGGACCAUUUCUGGCGCCCUGCGAGUCUCGCUAUCAGGGCUCCGGCUGGACGGUGAUUCAGAGGCGUUUGGAUGGCAGCGUUAAUUUCAAUAGAAACUGGAACGAUUAUCGAAAUGGCUUCGGCGAUUUGAAUGGAGAAUUCUUUAUUGGCUUAGAAAAGCUGCACCGAAUGACUGUUGCACAGCCGCACGAGCUGCUUGUUUUUUUGGAGGCUUUUACAUUUCGGACUAAAUUUAUUACAUUUUCCAAAUUUCUUGUUGGCAGCGAGGAUACUGAUUACGAGUUACAGCAAAUCGAAUUUAAUGGCAGUUAUUACGAUGGAAACGGACGAGCGUUGACAUAUAAUAUACGACAAAAAUUCAGUACCUACGACCGCGACAAUGACAACUAUUGGGUAAAAAACUGUGCUAAAGCGUUUAAAGGCGGUUGGUGGUUCAAUUCAUGCGACAACCUUGAUUAUUUUGCCAACCUUAAUGGUGAAUAUAAAGAGUAUAAGCCUGCUGGUUACAAUGGUGAGGGCAUUAUAUGGAACGUAUUCGAUGGUAGCACGUCCCUAAGGUCUGUUCAAAUGAUGAUACGCCCCAAACCGGAAGAGACCAAUUAAGCUAUAUAUGCAAAUAUUAUAUCUUUGAAAAACCAUUCAUGCAUAUUUGGCAGACUUUAUAAAACACUGUUUAUGACAGCGUAUAAUUGCACGCUGCAAAAUAAAUAUAAACAAUUCCAGAAUAUCAAGAA